UUGAAGUCCACAGCACGGACUCACAGGCGUGGUGGAGGAAGGCGAGGACGGGCCUCAGGCAGCCCAGAUCCUGUCCGUACCUUACCUACGCCUUGGCGCGGCAUACGUAUUCGUCAUUGCUGCCUGCCAUCGUCACCUCGUUGCUGCCACAUUCUCAAAGCCUCAUUGUCGAAGCUGAUUUGCUCUCCCGUCAGCUGGCGGUACAGGUCGACUCGGCGGUAAGGUGGCGCCAAUCCUUGCCUGCAUAUAGCGCGUGCUCCGGAAAGCAGAUGCUCUCUUUGAACCAUUCUUAGAGAGCUCCCCCUUCAGCAUAUCCCCUUCCCCAGCGUCAUCAAGUAGAGUACAUGACGCGGACUCAGGAGCCGAGAUAUGUCGCGGAUGUUCCCCUGGUUCUACCAGCUAGAAUCCACAUCGAGCAUCUACAGCUUCGAGACAUUCUUCAACCUUCUUCCACAAAGGGCAAGCUACUCUAUCUCAACCAUCUCAAGAUCGAUGAGAUCGAUUUCGAGGACCCAAAGAGCCCUGCAGCGACAUUCUGCAGCCUAGACUUCAGAGCUAAUUGUCUCGUCACUGGCCAUGGUCUUCUUGCCGCCGGUGGGCAGUUCAGCGAGCUGGCGAUCCGACCUCUCUCAGCCGCAUCGACCCCUGCCGGUGCCAAUGUGAGCACGAGCACGACCUCGAGUUCUCAGCAACGUCAGCCGACCCCAUGGUUGCUGAGAACUCCAACGGGUGGCAGUAUCAAUAACUCCGUCGCAAUUUAUCCAGACCCAGUCAGUAUUGCUGAAAAUAAGAGAGCUAUGAUAUCGGAGUCAUCCGGUCGCUCAGCAAAAGCGCUUAAGAAGGAAGCUUCGUCCUCACCGGUUCCCUUACGAGGGGAAUUAGCGGAGGGCAUGUGGCUGAGAGACGAGCCGCAUGGUGGUACUCAGAGCAUCUCUGGUCCAUCGUCGCGGCCGAUGUCCUCAGUCGAGGACGACUCAGAUGCCGAAAGUCUAGCCGCUGCAUACGGAUUCGAACGGAAGUACGCUGGCCCAUCCUGCUACCCAGCCGGCGAUCGAUUGAGGUCCCGUACGGAGUCAAAAUCGAAGUCAAAGAAAGAAGUGGAUUGCAAAUCAUUGAGUGGUCCGGGGGACAGGAGACGAAUGAUGUGCUAUUCUGCAAUGUCCACGUCCAACGUCCGCGUCUAUUGCUGCAACAACGACCGCUCUCUGAAGGUGUACAAGCUUCGGCCACCUUCUGGAGCUUCUUCCUCUCCCGCUUUGGAGUCUGGUCUUCCAGGGCUGACUCGGUCGCAUACACUCGACUUUCCCACUGCCGUCAAUCACUGCUCCUUUUCACCCGAUGGACAGACCCUCCUGGCAGUCGGUGACACACCUCACGUAUUCUUGUACCACCGGCACCCUUCCACUGGCGCGUUCUCUCAUAUCACAACAUACAGCGCCUCGUCGGAUGCUAGCUUCUCGACGAGCUGGCAUCCCGAUGGGACAAAGUUCGCCGUCGCUUCGCAGGAUGGCGUGGUCUCCGUCUGGGAUGUGCGCUCGAGCAAGAAGCUUGCUGAGCUCAAGACGAGCCAAGACGCCAACAUGAUGGUCAACCUCGGCGGCUUGAAUGGGGCCAAUGGAGCGGCAAGAGUCGUUAAGUUCUCGCCUUGCGGUCGCUUCCUAGCUUUCACAGAACACCGGCUGUACUUCCACGUCUACGAUACGCUGACUUACAGUCGCGGGCAGAGGAUCAGAAUACCUACGAGCCUGGAUGAGGACAGUAUAGAGACGGUCGAGGUCGCAGGCGGAAGGGAUCUUGGUGGCGCUACGUCUGCCACACCUCUGCUCUCGAAUUUCCCUGAAUCAAGAGAGAGACGAACAGGGCUCUUGGAAAGUCGCUUGCUCAGCUCUCUGUAUGGGCAAGGCAGGAGCAGCUCAUUUGCCGAGGGCCUCUUUGGCAGUGCGAGGCGCGAAACAGAAUCUUUGACAUCGUCUCUCAGGUUGCCAUCUUUGGGUGACAGUAGUUCUUCGUUGCAUGCUGCUUCGCCGGCCGGAGGCGUCGGCAAUUCCUCUUCUCCAGCUACGGGGGCGAACGAGUCUGCUGUCAAUGCACUGCGCGAAGCGCAAAGAAGCCUCAUGGCGGUUCGAGAGAGGAUAGCAGCUCGCAGUCGGCAAGACCCAAGUUUCACCUCUGGAGCUGGUACAGCAUCUGGCGUAGGCAUCAGUGGACCUUUUGACCCGUUCAUCGCAGACGCUGGCUUCUCAAUGCCCGGUCUGGCCCCCAACUUCUCAGACGGCGAACAGGACAUUGCGGCCAUUCGUCGUGAGAGCAGGCCGGACGCGAGCGGACAAGAAAGCGGGAGCUCUCCGCUCCGCUCAUCCAAUCCUCGGACAGAAGCGGACCGUACUAGACUUCGCCUGGAGGCGCAGCCGCACGAUAGCGACGACGACGAGGAGAUCGAGGGUCCUAUCAGUGACUACAUCCGCAGGAGAAGGAAUCUGUCAAGGUUCCUUCCGAGGCCAGAUGAUGGAACGGGGUCGGUGUCUACGCCUGCCACAAGGAUGAGGCGAUGGUUCCCCGACGGUCGCUUUGGAGACGACCCUGAUGCAUCCGGUGGGGGCGAAGGCAGGCCUCAGACCGCGUCUGAGCUCUUCGAGAGCUCUCUUGCCGAGAUUCUUGAUGACGGCACCUUACACGUGGGAGUCGCAGAAGAGCCAGACAGCACAAAUGACGAUCCAGAUGGGGAGACCAUCGGCGGCGGCAACGCGGAGGAUGCCGAAGAAGAGGAAGGAGUCAUAUUCAUCGACGACUACCCGCCAGAAGGAGGGCCUACUGGUGCGGACUCUAUCACAAGACGGCUUCCUCCUCUGAUUCCCUCGACCGCCAGAGCAGAGGACAGGUCGGUCGGUCGGCCUCUUCGACGAGCUCGCGAGGCCAGCACCCAAGCAACGUUGCGCAUUCCUCCAACGCUUCGAGUGCGACAAGAGAGCGCGAACGCAGGGGAACACCCUCAGCAACAAGAUCAGCAAGCAGGCCCACCCAGGCCUCGUUGGCCUAUGACGCGUGAGCGGGCCGGCGAAAUCGAGCGUGCAGGCAGCGGUACUACUGCCACGUCCUCGCCCUUUGGCCCCUUCUUCCCUCCGGCAAACACGACCACUGCCGCCGCCGCGCCGACGGCUACCACGGGCACGUCCACUACAGCCAGCAGAAAUCUUACCGCCGCUCCGACCUCGACUGCCGCUCUGCCGAGCUCAGACCCAGAUUCUGACUGCGAAGAGGAGGAGCAGGAGGAGGAAGCUGACACAGGGGGUGCGUCCCGCAGGCGCACUGAGGAGGACUCGGAGGACCUCCUCACCCGGCUCCUCUACCCUUCCACCGUUGGCGCAAGUGCCGGCGGAUCGGGCAUUGCGUCCGGACCGAGGCGCGGGGCCGGUGUAAAUGCGGGAAUUGUGCCUGACGAGCAAUGGUUAAACAUCUCUGGCCUCACCUGGGACCCGGAUGGGGACUACCUCUAUGUCAGCAGCGAGCGAUGUGUCUGCCGGUGGGCCGUGUUGCGUCCCGGAGAGGGGGGAGAUUUGGUAGGUGGGUGGGAAAAGGGCGAGGUCAGAUGAAGGAGCCACAGGUUCAGGGCUACGGUGGCGAAAGCCGGCGCAUAUCAGGCGAGACAUGUAUCUGGCCGGAUCAGGUGGUCCAUUGUUCUCCAACUUGGUUCGUAGCAAUUACGUAGAAUAGUGCUAUAUGACGAGGUGUCAACGUGGCUAGCAAUAGUGCCCCAACGUGUCGAGGCUAAUCCACCUCCAUGUCCUGCUUGGUUUCCCCGAUGCCGUUUGU